CCCCCCCUCCUCCUCGCCUGCGUGAGAGGAGUCCAGCCCGGCUGGAAGAUUCUACCUGGCCUGCCUGCUGGGUGUUUUGCUUACGCGGUAUGCUGACCGGCUCCUGCCGGCCCCAGGGACCAGCGGGACGGGGUGCUGUGGCUCAGUGACCGGGGCGAAGGAGGAGGACAUCCCUGUCUUCAAGCGGAGACGGAGGUCCAGCUCCAUAGCAGCCUCGGAGAUGAUGGCUCACAGCCAGAGCAACAGCAAGUCCCACCGCAGGACUUCGCUGCCUUGCAUUCCGCGGGACCAGUCAUCGGGCACCAGCGUGGUGUUGGACAUCGCGGUGAUGGGGGAGGCCCACGGACUGAUAUCGGACUUGCUGGCCGACCCCUCGCUGCCCCCCAACACCUGCAGCUCCCUGAAGGCCGUCAGCAGCCUCCUCAGCACCCAGAUCAUCCUCCAGCCUCUCCACCGGCCCCACGCGCCGCCGGUCGCUCACGCUUGCUCCGACUCGGAGGACGGGACCGACAAAGUGGAAAGACUCGCCAUUCCGAAGCGUCUACGGCGGAGCCUUCCUCCAGGGUUGUUGCGGCGAAUCUCGUCAACGUGGACCACGACCACGUCGGCUACCGGGUUACCCGCCAUAGAACCCGGACCCGUCCGAAGAGACCGUUCAGCUAGCAUCAAAUACACCACGGAAAGUGAAACAUGGAGAAACUCAGUUAUGACGACCAUCUCAAAAAGCCGCUCCAUGUCUGCCUCCUGCGCCGCGUCCGUCACAUUAAACCACAUCUACAGCAAAUCGCUGGGGAGAGCAGGUUUCACCCAGUCCAACAUAUCGCCUCUGGGAUCUCCGUGUCCGUCACCUCCCGUUCAGGGUACUCCGGUCUCCAGCCCGACUAUCAAGACAUGUUCCGUUCAGCUUCCUGAAAUUGCCGGGCCCCUGACGGAGCAGACCCCUGGCUGUGUGGGAACCAAGAGUCACCACCGAGCCUUAACCCACAGCCAGAGCGCGCCGAGCUCCACCACCCCUCACUGGCGACCGCCGGCACUCUGUAGCAGCUGCGGCAGGCCGUUCAACAAUCGACUGAACCACGGGGUGGACUCUAUUGUCAAGGUAGACCGAAUACCCCGACCAGACGAGCGCGCGGUCGCCUCGUCGGACUACGACAGCACCUACGACAGCACUUACGAGACCAACCACAGUGACAGCAGCGACUUUGCACAGAACGAGGAAGAGGCUGAAGCGGGCAAGAAGCCGUCCGAGUCGAAAGGAGGCCGCCCGGAGUACCCGUCGGAGAACGUCGUUCUACACCCGCUCUUGCCAUCACCUGAGAACAAGCUAAUCCUGGCUCCGGAGCCUCUGGUGAUUCCGGAGUUGGAACCUCUCAUGAGUCAACUCGACAAAUGGAAUUUUCCGAUUUUCAGUCUUGUGGAGAGGACUCACGGGAAAACAGGUUGCAUUCUCAGCCAGGUGUCCUACAGGCUCUUCGAAGACGCAGGCCUGUUCGAGACCUUCAAGAUUCCUGUGACCGAGUUCAUGAACUACUUUCACGCUUUGGAGAACGGUUACAGAGACAUCCCGUAUCACAACAGGAUCCACGCCACUGACGUGCUGCACGCAGUCUGGUACCUCACCACUCAGCCGGUCCCCAGUCUGCCCAGGCUCCCGACCGAGAACGGCAUCCACAAAGGUGAGAAGCGUUGGCAUCUCCUCGCCAUCCGCUCUUCCUCACGCCGCCGUUUUAUUUUGGCCUCUCCGCCCGUAGACCCGGCAAAUGGCGUCACCCCCGGCGCGACGGCCUUUGUGUCCUCCAAGACGUGCUCUUUGCCGGAGGAAGGCUACGGCUCCUUGUCUGGCCUCAUUCCGGGCCUGGAGCUGAUGGCCUUGUAUGUAGCCGCCGCCAUGCACGAUUACGACCAUCCCGGGAGAACCAACGCCUUCCUCGUAGCAACCAGUGCGCCGCAGGCUCUCCUAUACAACGACCGCUCCGUCCUGGAAAACCACCACGCCGCUUCAGCGUGGAACCUCUUCAUGUCUCGUCCGGAGUACAACUUCCUGGUGAACCUCGAACACGUCGAGUUCAAACGCUUCCGAUUCCUCGUCAUCGAAGCCAUCUUGGCCACGGACCUGAAAAAGCACUUUGACUUCCUGGCAGAGUUUAACGCCAAGGUGGGCGACGACGGAGCGUCUGGCAUCGACUGGGCAAACGAGAAUGACCGCUUGCUGGUGUGCCAGAUGUGCAUCAAGCUCGCCGAUGUCAACGGACCGCUCAAGUGUAAGGAGCUGCACUUGCAGUGGACUGAGGGCAUCGUCAAUGAGUUCUACGAACAAGGGGAUGAGGAAGCAAGCCUGGGGCUUCCCAUCAGCCCAUUCAUGGACCGGUCAGCACCACAGCUCGCAAAACUACAGGAGUCGUUCAUCACUCAUAUCGUGGGACCCCUCUGCUCCUCGUACGAUUCGGCCGCUCUGAUGCCGGGUGACUGGGUCGACCUGCCGGAAGAAGAAGAGGGACAAAAUAUGGACGAGGAAGAGCAAGAUUUGGGGAAGGAAGCCGCAUCUCCUGGUUCUGACUAUUCCCAGAGGCAAAAGGCCAAGAAGGAAAGCAGGAGAAAAGUGUUCUGCCAAAUCACACAGCACCUUGUGGAGAACCACGAAAUGUGGAAGAGAGUCAUUUCCGCAGAGGCCCAGGAGGAUGCCCUGAAGGAGGAACCCAACUGUCUCAGCGCCUCAUCCGACCCAAUCACAGCCAUUCACGAGGAAGAGGAGGAGCAAGCAAGCAAAGAGGAGGAAGAUUUGUCGGAAUGCUUUGAUAAAAGUGACGAGGCGCCCGCUAUAGAAGAUGAGGACGGCCUCUCACAAUCAGAGACGUCGUGCGGGAAAGGGGAGCAGUCGGAGUGAUAGAAGGAACAAUGGCCUCCUUCCAAACCAGGAAUUUGUUUCACCGUUUGUUUGCUCUCCUAACUCUUGAUAUAGUAGCCAGCACAUCACUUUGACACAACACUGUAGAAGAUGUUUUGGAUAAUUUUGUGCCUAACAAAAACAGGGUUUAUGACAAGAGAUGGUGGCGGGAGCAAAAUGAAUUGACCUCAGUGGAAAAAAAGAAGAAAAUGCAUUUCUUUGAUGCCAUCUGUGAAUUCCAGUCCUUUUCGAGCCUGCCCUUUCUUCGGUUUAUGCACGGCAUAGUUUCACGAAAUUCCCCCAUCAGUGAAUAAGACGAGGUGUGUCAGAAAAGUCCCAGGACUGUGUUCGCGAACGUUAUACCGUAAUUCCCGGCCUACAGAACGCGAGCGCUGCGCUGACGUUAGCGCGACUCUUUCUGUGUACCGAGGCUUAUAACCAGGUGCGCUAACGCCAGCGCUGCACUAACCCCGCACUGUCGCUAGCGCCGCAUCACCGCAUAAACCGCAGCGUUGAAAGCGUGUGAAAAAAGUCGUGGUUUGUAGGCCGGAAAUUACGCUGCUUGAAAUCUAAACUGCAAAUUAAAAUUCCCAUUUCCCAUCUUUCUCCUCCUCGCUUCAAUACAGACGAAGCGAUGACCCAACAUGGCUACAAAGAGAUCCUGCAGCUUCGGCUUCAUUCAGUGCACAAGAUGAGGGGAGAGUUGGGGGCUGCUCAUGAUGUCCAGAGCAUCUGACAGUUCCUGCUCCCCCCCCCCCCCCCAAAAAAAAAAAAAAAAAAAUCAUCACGCUGGUGUACCUUCUGUACCGAUUUGACUCCAGGAGAAUUCUUAAAGGCCCAAACCUUGAAGUUUUAGUUAAUGACACUAAAGGUAGUCUUUGAACUUCUAUG